AUGCGAUCUACAGAGGUCUGCCGUGUUCUAACUCAUUCUGGCUUAUUGCAGAGGGAGUGCCUUUCCCUUCACGUGGGCCAAGCUGGUGUCCAGACUGGGGAUGUUUGCUGGGAACUUUAUUGCCUGGAACAUGGAAUCCAUCCAGAUGGCUUUCUUCUCAACAGUAAAAAUGAUCAGUUGGGGAUUGCUAAAAUGGAGCAUAAGUAUGCCUCUUUUGAUUCCUUCUUUUGUGAGACAAGAGCUGGGAAGCAUGUGCCCAGAGCACUCUUCAUUGACCUAGAGCCAACUGUUAUAGAUGGGAUUCGAACAGGCAAGCACCGCUCACUCUUCCACCCAGAGCAGCUUGUUAAUGGGAAGGAAGAUGCUGCAAACAACUACGCCCGAGGCUACUACUCUCUGGGGUCAGAGAUCAUCGACCUUGUGCUAGAGAGAAUCCGAAAGCUGGCAAAACAGUGCAGUGGACUGCAGGGAUUUUUGAUUUUCCGAAGCUUUGGAGGAGGCACUGGAUCAGGAUUUACAUCUCUCUUAAUGGAGCAGCUCUCGCUGCAAUAUGGGAGAAAGACUAAAUUGGAGUUCUCUGUCUAUCCAGCACCCAGGAUCUCCACUGCUGUAGUAGAACCUUAUAACUCCAUUCUCACCACCCAUUUCACAUUAGAGCACUCAGACUGUACCUUCUUGGUGGACAACGAGGCCCUCUAUGACAUAUGCCAUCAUAAACUUGGUGUUGAACGCCCGUCUUAUACCAUUGUUAACAGGUUGAUAAGUCAGGCAGUAUCUUCCAUUACUGCUUCCCUCCGGUUUGAAGGGUCCUUGAAUGUGGACCUAAAUGAAUUCCAGACCAAUCUAGUGCCUUAUCCAAGAAUACACUUCCCCAUGACAGCCUUUGCCCCCAUCAUUUCUGCUGACAAUGCCUACCACAAAGACUUCUCUGUGUCAGAUAUCACCACUGCUUGCUUUGAGUUCUCCAACCAGUUAGUCAAGUGUGAUCCUCGAUGGGGGAAGUACAUGGCCUGCUGCCUACUCUACAGAGGGGAUGUGGUUCCUAAGGAUGUGAAUGCAGCAAUUGCAGCCAUGAAGUCAAGAAACUCUGUUCAGUUUGUAGAUUGGUGUCCAACUGGUUUCAAGGUGGGCAUCAACAAUCAGCCACCCACAGUGAUGCCAGGAGGGGAAAUGGCCAAGGUCCAGCAGGCUGUCUGCAUGUUGAGCAAUACCACGGCAAUCGUAGAGGCCUGGGCCCGCCUGAACCACAAGUUUGACCUCAUGUAUGCCAAGAGGGCAUUUCUACAUUGGUACAUCAAAGAAGGCAUGGAAGAAGAGGAGUUUUCAGAGGCUAGGGAAAAUCUGGCUACUCUGGAGAAGGAUUAUGAGGAGGUGGGGCAAAGUUUCUGA